CAUCUCCAGUUAAGAAUCGUCGUCUCUCGGUGUUGGUUCAAUUCCCAAUUAAAUCAAUUUUCUUAAUCAUCAAUGUUAUUUUAUAUUCAAUUGUGUAACUGAUUAACUAACUAACCAACAUCCGUAUAAUCAUCAACAUCAACAUCAUUAUCAUCAAUAGCAUCACCAUCAACAAUUGUCAUUGUCGUCCUCAUCUUUGUCACAAGUGUCAACACUAUUGCUAAACAAUAACAAACAAAUUGUCAACUCUUGUAACUUUGUGUGUCUCUCAAUUAUUGAUUUAAAAUAAUCAAUUGAUUAAUAUUUAAAUUCACAGGAGAAUCAACAAUUGUCCGGAUAGUUUAGUUUUCCGGAUAAUUAACUGAUUGGUGUCAUUAAUUGUUUUAUCAUCAAUUGUGAUUAUUUAAUAGAUUAAAUAUAUUUUGUGUGAUUAAUUAUUACGAUAACAAAUCAAAACCAAAAAUGAUUCGGAUUAAUUUACUUGUUAUAUUCACAUUAUUACUCUUGGCAACAUCAACCCAGUCAAUAUCUAAUCGUGAAUUAAUUGGACUAUUUUCCUCAUCGUCAUCACCAUUUAAUCACAAUUCCGGUUCACCGAUCCGUUCAUUUCACAAGAAGCAACUUUCACUAAUCAAAGGAGAUCGUAAAUUGUUGAAUGCAAUCAAACGAGGAUUGCGAAUGGCAAUCAAAGAGUGUCAACACCAAUUCAAGGAAAGACACUGGAAUUGUCCACUAAUUGAUUCAGAAGGCAAUUGGAUAUUUGGCAAAAUAAGUCGUAAAGGUUGUCGUGAAUCGGCCUUUGUUUAUGCCAUCACUGCAGCGGGUGUCGCUCACGCUGUGGCCUCGGCCUGUGGCGAGGGCACGAUACGUAAAUGCUCGUGUAACUAUCGACGAGCCCGUUAUUCAAACUCGGUGGAUAUGCAAUGGGAAGGCUGUUCCGAUAACAUUGAUUUCGGUUAUCGAUUUGCAAAAAAGUUUGUCGAUAUCGCUGAACGAGGUCGAGAUUUAAAGUAUCUAAUCAAUUUACACAACAAUGAAGCUGGACGAUUGUCGGUGAAAAGGAAUAUGAAAAAAGCGUGUAAAUGCCACGGGAUGUCCGGUUCUUGUACAUUACAAACGUGUUGGCACAAGUUACCAUCAUUUCGUGACGUUGGUGUCGUUUUAAAGGAUAAAUUUGACGGAGCGUCCAAAGUGAUCGCAACCAACGAUGGCCGUAGUUUCACACCUGAAGUGGCCACAAUUAAAUUACCAAGUUCAGAAGAUCUAGUUUAUUCAGAGGAAUCGCCUGAUUUCUGUAUAGCGGAUAAAUCAACGGGUUCAUUGGGAACUCAGGGUCGGGAAUGUAACAUAACCUCCAAGGGUGUCGAUGGUUGUGAAUUACUUUGUUGUGGUCGAGGGACACUGACCAAUAAGAAGACGGUCAAAGAGGCCUGUAGAUGUCGAUUCAACUGGUGCUGUGAAGUGGUUUGCGAGGUGUGUACGAGCAAGAAGACAAUCAGUACAUGCAAAUGAAAUUUCUAGUGUUGUGAUCAAUUAAUACCACCGAAAAACUCCUUCCGGUUCCUCUCAUUUUCUUUGCUGUUUCAAUGUCUCUUGACAAACAGACAAAUCAAUUCUAUAUUGUAAUUGUAAAUAUGUUUAAUGUAUAUAUUAUAAUGUAUUUGAUGAUAUUUAAUGUUAUCAAUUUGCAUUUUUUUUUACAUCACCAACAAAAUGCUCUCUGUCACUUUCUGUCAAUCUUUUCCUCUUUCUUUUUCUCCAUAUAUAUUAAUAUUUGUCAUCCUAUUCAUCUGUAUCAAUAUCAUCAUCAUCCUGCAUUUAGUGAAAAUUUUUUGCAAAUCCAUGAAUUCAUUUCUUUU